AUGUCCCGCUGUCCUUCAGGUGGCAUCAGCAAGGCCAAUUUAGUUAUUCGUGAAAACAGAAGGAUGAACUUGAAAUUUAAAGCACCGCGGAAAAAAGAGUUAGUUGCCCUGGCCAAAGCUAACGUCAAUGGUGAAGAUAAAACAAUUACAAUAAAAAAUGAUUAUCCGGAGUACCCUGUCCCUUAUUAUCAAGUUACUGAGGAUUUUAAUUUGAGAAAGGUCAAGGAGCUUAUGCUAGAAAGGGAUGUUGAGAUCGCCAAGUCCAUAGCAAAUGACAUAAUCAUCCCAGACCCUGCUCCCCAGUGGGUGGCUGAUAACUUCUUGGACAAAUAUGCCGAAUUGGAGCCCAUCCUUGUAAAGGAUAGUGCCCAGUGCUUCCUCCGACUCUUCCAGAACUGUAGAGGCCGGGGCAUGUCAUCGGAUCUUACCAUCACCGCACAAAUCUUUACCUUCAUUGUCAGUUUCAAUGCCCUGCGCUGUGCAAAAGUCGCAUUGGAGGGCAUGGCACCUGAGCUCUAUGGGAUGCACGCCAAUCCCAACUGCAUAAACAGAUAUGGAUACUUCCCGCUCCACGAAGCUGCUGAAAGGUUCUCUCUUGACAUGAUCAAGCUGCUUUUACGCCAUGGUGCAUCACCCAAUGUGCGCACAGUUGGCAAGGAUGUCAUUGAGAAUCUACUCCCGCUCCAUGUCGCAGUUGAGAAUACUUGCCUGCAUAAGUAUCUGGAGGACAAUCUUUCUCGCAGCCAUAAUCAUCUGGAUUAUAUCUACAAGCUUAUUCAUCUGCUGUGUCUACCUGAAAUGAAGAUCUUCUUGGACACAACUAGACUGCUUGCAGCGAAAACAAAUAAUCUACUUCAAGAGCUCUGGAAUUACAUUGAGGAUGGAAAAAUUAUGCAGUCUGCUAUUCUACUACUGGCUGCUCAAGAGCAAAUCCGUGGGGGCAGUUCUUCCAAGAUGAAUGGCAGUAGUAAGAAAAAUGGGUUUGACAUUAUCAGUAAAUGUGUAAUGAGGCUUUCAAUUGCCUUGAAAUGGGAGAAAGGUUCACAUGGAAUGGCACAGGAGCUUCUGGAGCAAAGGAAGACACUUACUGAUUGCGCGUGGCUGCUUGUUGAUGUAAUUUCCCAUGCUGGUGAAGAUCUUUCUGCAUACAUUCAAGCGCAUUCUGCGCUGGACAACUAUGAAAAACAUGCCAUACACAUGUGGCUCUGCUGA